GGGUUACCCUUUUUGUGCCUCUACGUUGGCUGCCGUGUGGUAGUAGAUGGAAAAUUUGUUUGCGCGUGCCGGUAAAAUUGCAUUUUGUGCCGUAAACCGUGUGUUGUGGUCGAUAAAUAGUCCAUUGAUAGGUGCAGGGGGUACUUUGGCAACUCUGGGGCACAUAGAUGCGUGUGCGUUACAUAACGAUUAAUCUCCAAAAUUACAUAAAACAUCACUCUGACCACCCGCGGAUUAUUUUCCCAUCGCUCUCACCAAAAUUUCUGAUAACCGCAUUUUGUGGACCUUUCCAGGGGAAUUCGGUGGACUGAGGGGGUGUACAGACAAUAAAUCACGGGUUAGGAAUAUCAGAGGUUUGUUGCAAUGACGACAGGAAGUACAGGAUCGACAUUUCCAAAGUGGCAACUAGCCAUCAUCCUGGGUGCCCCUGUUGCCCUGACACUUGGCUACCUCUACUACAGACGUCAGAAUUCACACAGUGAGAGCGAUGAGCGGAAAAAGAAGCUCGGCAAGGCAGACAAGUCCGUGUCAAUAGACGGCGAUGAGGCGAAGGAGCACGCAAAUGGACCCACACGUGAAGCCCAGGUGAAGCUGAGCCCCCUGGAGGUUGCCAUGGAAUUCAAGAAUCGCGGCAAUGAGAGGUAUAGACUGGGAAAGUUCGAUGAGUCCAUCGAUUUCUACCGGCAGGCCAUUGAGACAUGCCCCGAGUCUCACAGCACAGAACUGGCAACAUUCUACCAAAAUCGCGCAGCUGCCCAUGAGCAACUCAAACAGUGGUCAGCCGUCUUGGAGGACUGCACACGAGCCCUGGGGCUCAAUCCGAAGUACAUAAAAGCCUACAAUCGACGUGCAAAGGCACACGAACACCUUAAGGACCUCUCGAAUAGUCUGGAAGACAUCACAGCAACGUGCAUUUUGGAGCAAUUUCAGAAUCAAUCAUCAAUUGCCUUUGCUGAUCGUGUCCUGAGAACUCUGGGGGCACAGCAUGCCACAGAAGCCAUCAAGGAUAGGAAACCCGUGCCACCGUCAACGCACUUUGUCACCUCCUUCUGUGAAUCCUUCACUGCUGAUCCUCUCAAGGAUAUCGUUGGUGCUGUAACAAAUCCCCGUGGCUUUAUGCUGGCCAAGACGGAAUUUGAUCGUGUUAAUCUGGAACAGGUAAUCCCAGCCUGUACGGAAGAAUUGGCAAAUCCAAAUUCGGAAUAUCGUGCCCUUGCCCUUCUACUUCGUGGUACAAUGAGUCAACUCAUGGGACUCUUCACGGAAGCUCUGGAGGACUUUGCCACGCUCAUUGGGGAUCCCAGUGUGAGUGUGAAGAUUCGCGUGAAUGCCCUGAUAAAGCGUGCCUCAAUUCACGUCCAAAUGGACAAUAUGGAAGCAUGUCUGGAUGAUUUUGCCGAAGCUGAAAAAUUAGAUCCCACAAAUCCCGACACAUUCUACCAUCGUGGGCAAAUGUAUGUCCUCCUGCAGCGUCUCGAUGAUGCCAUUGCGGAUUUUCAGCGCACAAUUGACGCUGUGCCGGACUUUGGGAUGGCGCACGUGCAGAAACUCUAUGUGGAGUACCGGAAUGCCAUGAUUGAGCAGAACCCAAUGAAGUCGUUCCAGUUGCUGGAGAAAUUCCGCGAGGCAAUGGAGCGUUUCCCCAAGUGCGUGGAAUGCUACAGUAUUAUGGCACAAAUCCUCAUGGAGCAGCAGCAAUUCAAGGAGUCCGAUCAGCUCUUCGAGAAGGCCAUCCAAAUGGACCCCAAUAAUGCAACUCUCCUCGUCCAUCGGGGUAUUCUGCAGCUGCAGUGGCGCGGGGAUGUGGAUACAGCUGUGCAAUUCCUCCAGCGGGCAAUUGCUGUGGAUGAGCGGUGUGAAUUUGCCUUUGAGACCCUCGCAUCGAUUGAGGUACAACGUGGGAAUAUGGAGAAGGCAAUUGAGCUGUUUGAUGCUGCCAUAAAGUUGGGUAAAUCCGAAACGGAGCUGCGGCAUCUCUUCUCCCUCAAGGAUGCUGCCAUUGCGCAGAUGAAUGUAGCACAUCGGAUGGGUUUGGAUGUGAGCAGCUUAUCAGCCCUGGCGGCUAGUGCAAUUGCCUAAAUUCAUCCCCUGUGCUGAUGAUGUAGACCAACCACAUUUACAAGCUCCCGCAUCAUUCAACCAAAAUCUUUUUGUUGUUUAGUUUGUAGCCCCUCCAUUUGACCCACAACACACGGUCUUGUGCAUUUACCAUUAAAUAAUGUAAUAUUAUGAAAUUAAUUGUAAUAUACAGUUGCAUAGAUGAGACAGCAUGUUAUUAUUUUAGGAAAUUUCCCGCAAAUAAAUUUUUCUUAACCGAA